AUGGAACCAUCAUUUGUUGAACAACAGUUGAACAUUUCUCAGUCUAAUAAAACAAUCAUUCUUGGCUUGCCGUGGGAUUACGACAAAGAUACUUUGAGCGUGACGUUUCCAAAGAAGUUAAGCGAAGAACCCAGGAAACGCGGAAUUCUUGGAAAAUUAGCGAAGGUCUGCGUCCCAAUUGGAUUAGUUUCCCCUGUCACCCUCGAAGGCAAGGUCAUCUAUCGAAACGCGUGCGAUUCGAAACUGAGCUGGAAUACACCUAUACGCGAAUCACUGUUGAAAGAAUGGUUGAAGUGGGAAGAUUCCUUACCCGAGCGCGUCGCCUUUGACCGUACCUUGGUCCCCCACAGAGAGCCUAUCGAAGCAGUGGAACUUCACUCGUUUGGCGACGCCAGUGGUGGUGGUGUUUGCUCUGAAGUGUAUGCCGUCGUUCGACAGCAAUCAGGAGUUAGUCAAGUUCUUGUUAAGGCUAAAUCGAGAUUGGCGAAACGUGCGUUAACUAUUCCAAGAUUGGAAUUGGUUGCUGCGCAUAUGGCGGUGAAUCUCGUCCAAAAUGUUCGCGAGGCAAUCGAAGGCUUUCCUAUAACCGGAGUGUAUUGUUGGCUCGACAGUACAGUCGCUCUCCACUGGAUCUGUGGCAAUGGGGAGUACCGCCAAUUCGUUGCUAACAGAGUUCAAAAGAUACAAGCUCAUGAUGUUAAUGGUUGGAGAUAUGCACCCACAGCCCAAAAUCCUGCAGAUAUUGGUAGUCGUGGUGGACCUGUCAACGAUUUGAAACUCUGGUGGCAUGGCCCUGUGUAGUUACCUUCUGCUGAGUCAUGGCGCACGAAUCCAGUUACAAGUGAGAGCUCAGAAUCUGCUGCUGAAUCCAAGAUAAUCCAAUCUGUUCUUGCCACCGUUGAAGAUGAACUUGAUGUCUUCGAUGAGCUGAUAGAAAAACGUGAUUUGCCCACUACCUUGCGUGUGUGUACUUGGAUUUCCAGAUUCGUGCACAAUUCAUUGCGAAAGCCCAAGAUUUACGGUCCUCUUACGGCGGAAGAAUUACAACAACAACGAAACUGGUGGAUCCUACAAGAGCAAGCCCGAGCGAAAACUCAUCGAAAGUUUGUUGUUGACAGCGUUCAAUUAAAUUUACAAGAAAAUACAGCAGAAAUUCUCGAAUGUCGCGGCCGUAUUCAAGUCGUAUUGCCAACUUAUCUCUCAGAUACUGGAACAUUUGCUGAGAAAUUAGUGGCAGAAACCCAUAUUGACACCUUACACGGUGGUAUGCUGCUUACCAUGGCGAAAAUCCGUGAGUUAUAUUGGAUUCCGCCUGUACGAAGCCUAGCAAAACGAGUCAUUGGACAGUGUUACGGAUGUAAACGAUUUCAAGCCCAAGCACUUUCGAAACCACCGCCUGGUUUGUUACCAACUUCCCGUACCGAAGGUUCAAGAGCGUUUGAAUCCGUUGGUGUAGACUUCGCGGGUCCUAUUCGCUAUCGUCGCAAAGGAAAGGUAGAGUCGAAAGCUUAUCUUGUUCUGUAUGCCCGCUGCCUAACUCGAGCCCUGUUCUUGGAAGUGUUGCCUAGCCUCGAAGCAACAGAAUUUGUCGCAAGCUUGAAAAGAUUCGUUGCACGUCGUGGUCGUCCCAAACGAAUUUAUUCAGAUAACGGGAAAACCUUUGUUGCAGCGGCUCGUUGGCUGAAAAGGGUUCAGCGAGACGAGAAGCUGAACAGCCUUCUUUCUGAACAUUGUAUUGCAUGGUCUUUUAACCUCAGCGGAGCUCCAUGGUGGGGCGGACAGUUUGAACGCUUAAUAGAAGUGUUUAAGUCUUCCUUUUACAAGUCUAUUGGAAAUGGUUUACUUACAUGGCCAGAAUUGUGCGAAGUCGUGUUGGAUGUCGAAGUGGCUCUCAACAAUCGCCCCCUCAGUUACCUGGAAGAAGAUAUCCAACCACCAGUGUUGACACCGGCAUCAUUUCUCUUCCAAGGUUCCAUCUUGCUACCGGAGCAAGAUCCAGCAGUCGUGGAAAACAAAGACUUACGAAAGCGCGAGAAAUAUCUAAGAAAGUGCAAAGAUCAUUUGUGGUCUCGUUGGACUGCAGAAUACCUCCGUGCACUAAGAGAACGACACUGUAUGAGGAGCGGUAAAACGGAAUCAAAGUUACAAGUUGGAGAUGUUGUCAUCAUCAAGUCUCAAGAGAGAAAUCGUGGAAAGUGGCUUUUGGGGAUUGUCGUGAAACUAGUGAAGGGAAAAGAUGGUAUUGUGCGAGCUGUGAAGUUACGGGCUGGUAAAGAUCAUCUAGAACGUCCAAUCCAGCAUCUCUAUCCGUUAGAGUUAUCGUGCGAUCGUUCCGAGAAAAAUGCAUUACGUGCUGAAGCACCGGUGUUUCGCCCUAAACGUGUGGCGGCUGUACAAGCGAAGGAGAAGAUCAAGAGACAAGCUGCUGUGCAAGACAGCUAAGUGACUGAACUUAUGUACCUUUUAUAUAUAUAUAUAUAUAUAUAUAUAUAUAUAUAUAUAUAUAUAUAUAUAUAUAUAUAUAUAUAUAUAUAUAUAUAUAUAUAUAUAUAUAUUGUUGUUUACCUGACGAGACAAUUCCUCCUUUCAUGUGCCUUCCUUCUGAAGUCACAUGGGGGAGUGUGUCGGAAAUUGCCUUAAUUAAACUACGUGUUAUCAUGUACUGUUCAUCUAGAACCUAUUAUUCGAACUUACGUCAUUAGUUAAUUGAACUCAUAUUAGUCCUUUUUGUUGUGUUAAAAGAUAAGUGUCUGUGCAUGUUUACGGUCUUGUGAGAUUGUGAGCCAAGUGAGCGAGAGCUAAAUCUUUGUGAAAUAUAAUUUUAUGUUUAUGACUAAACUGUGAGUAAAUUUGUGAUCUUGUGGGAUCGUAGUGCGUUCACUAACCGAACCUGCCGUUCUCCACAAUGUCUUUGCCGUUCUGCCAACUCUGGCUUCGGUGAAAGUCUUAUUUGUCAGGUCUUACCGGCAUUGCUUUCUGAGCCAUAUCGCCUUCGUCAUGGUACGAUAAAGAAUUUCGUUAUUGCUGUUGUUAUCCCGUUAAAAAUUGUAUAUCCGCGUCCAGCAAGUUGAGACCUUGAGAAAGCUUGGCAGUCAAGCCGUUUGUUUAGAUCCCUCGUUUAAUGAUGAAACAAAUGAUUUUAGCGUAUUUUCUUGACGCACUUUAAUUCCAAUUGCGGAAAGUAGAUCGCAGAGAACAAAACUAUUUGCAUAUAUUUUAAUAUACUGUGAAAUAGUACCGUGUUUAAAUAAAGUUGAAGUUGAAUUCAGUCCUUGCACUGUUGCAAAGAACAGACUAAAUCUUUGUUUAAGUUCAAAAUGGACACGCUGCGGACAUGUUGAUGAGAAUAUAACUAAAUAAGUGUUUUAUUAUAUAUCAAUAGCCAAAGAAACAACAAAUUAAAGAACAAAUGAAUGUAAAUACAUGAAAUAUUUUAUUGUUAAAACGUUAUAUGAAACACUGGCUACACUACAGCUACUUAAAGCGAAAGUUUUAAUUACGUACUAGUUAUGUCCAAAGGUCGCAUCUUCACGUGAUGGCGCACGUGAUUUGUUUUGUUAUUCGCCGGUCCCGAUAACGUAUUAUCUCCCUCUCGCGCUGUUGCGAGGGAGACAGCCUAAUUUCGUCACUUUCACGUGAUAUGCUCUCAACUAACACUAGAAAAAUGCGACUUUCACUAUUGAUAUAUAAUAACUUUGCUUACUUACAAGUUGCUCGAGCAAAAAGUGGACAAUCAAACUGACAAUUCAUUAAAGUUUUUUUGUGAAUUUACAUAAUUAUCAUAGUAAUGUGAAAUAUUGAAAUUAACUGACGAUCAAAUCAGACGUCGUUUGACAUAAUUGUGAUGAAAACUGCAUGGCUUAAGCAUCAUGAUUAUAUAGAUAUAUUAUUGUAGGCUACUAUUAGAUUUGAAUUUUGAAAGUAAAUGGAGAAAAAACGAUCGAAACGAAACGUGUCGCGGUGUUAGGUUCAGAUUUUGCUGUAAUUUCGAAGUCAAGGUAUAUAAUUUUAAAAACAUGUUUAAAUGAAAUUUCGGAUUGUUGGAGAUGCAACUGACCUGUAAAAUACAAGUGGAUCUUUGACGUUUCCAAAUUCAAUUUCCUAAAGAAGUAAACGUCGAAGAUAUCUUUGAAUUUUUUGCAUAUUUGCUCCCUGUACUGACGUCAUUUCGAGGCUUUCCUAUUAUUGGCAUUACCUACACCUGCACAGAUCGUUCGAGAUUAUACAAUUCUGUAGUUGUUUUUUAGAAGAACGAAGCAACAACACAAGCGGGAUUUGAAAGUAAUACAUAUGUAAUAUGUGGGUCCGUAAAAGAACAAAUCAAGGACAUAUAUAUUACAGAUCUAGUCUAUGAAUGCAUAAACGUUCACGCAGUUAUAUCGUAAUUCUUGAUUAGCCACAAGGCAAUAAACACUGCAUGCUGAAGCAUUAGAGAUAUAGUGAUUGCUUUCACAAUCAUACUUUCAAAAACUCAAUAACAAUUCAUGAGGAAAACACCAAAAAAUAAUAAGCGUGUCGUAUCUUUAUAUGUGAUAGAGAUUUCCCUUGAUUUACACAAACUUUAACUUUGAUUUUCUCGACUUAUACAACGUAUUUGUUGACAAUUUCUUUGUCAAUGAACUUACUCGAUCGAUCGUUUUUGAUCCGGUAAAAACAUUGAUUUCGCAGUGCGAGUUUUAUCACACCUAAUUUUAUCACACAAAAUCUUAAGCUAUAUUUAUAUAUAUAUAUAUAUAUAUAUAUAUAUAUAUAUAUAUAUAUAUAUAUAUAUAUAUAUAUAUAUAUAUAUAUAUAUAUAUACAUAUAUUAAUUAUUUAAUCUUAAAAAUUAUACAUGUUGCUACUCAGAGUUUCAUGCAAUUUCGCAAUAUUCAGGCAACUGUUAUUACAAGUUCAGUUCUGUUUGUUGACGCUACUCACUAACGGUUUUCUGACGCGUGCGUUCGUUUGUCACGCACGUUCUCAAAUUUUCCGCGUGGAAUUUCUCUGCGUAGCGGCACUUCGCAAAUAUUUCUGAUCUUCGAUUAAGAGCUUUAUUUGCGUUUAAAAGGCACAGUUUUUCUUCGGUGCACAAACUGCAGUGCUUUUCACCUGCCGAAUACGACGGAGCUCGUUUCAAGAUUGAGCACUUGAUUCCGUAAUCUUUCCCAGCGUUCUUUAAUUUCCAUACGUAUUUCGAAAGUUCUGUGUCAAAUUCGUAUCUUUUGUGCUUGAGCGAUUUUCGAUUUCUAACUUUGAAAUCAUUUGCCGUCAUUCCGAUGUAUUGCUUCGUUUCGCGCUCUAUAUAUAUAUAUAUAUAUAUAUAUAUAUAUAUAUAUAUAUAUAUAUAUAUGAUAAAACACGGCAACUAAAGUUAAAGUAUUCGCUUUUUAAAGGAAGAAAAAGUUUCCCGUCGUACCAUAUCGAAAUUGCUCGUUUUUGGCCAAUUUUUUUUUUAAACUUGGAUAUUUCCAAACAAAACGGGCGCCUUUAAUGUUAAUUAGCAUGUUAAUGUUAAUUUAGCCAAAAUAGCAGUUUUCAUCACAAAAAAGGGAACUUUUAGUCAUUUGAAAAAAUUGGGUGGGGAGGGCACGUGCGUCCCCUCGUGCCCCCAUCCCCGAUUCCUACGCCACUGUCUGGAAUACUCUGGUUACAAUUUGUAUUUGUACAUUAAUUGUUUGUAUUUUGGGAUUACUCAUCUAUUAGCAAAAUCACCACCAACCAGUGACCUAUAAGUCAAAAUUAUUGUUGACACAGUUAUAACAGCAGUGUUUUAACGAUUCGAGACAUUGACUCGGACUCUUAUCCCAUACCUGUGUUAAAAGCGGCUUUCUGAUUGGUUUAGAGCAGGUGAGCUUGUCGUCGAGCUCACCUGCUUUUUGCCGAACUCAUCUGCUUUUCGCCCGAACUCACCCGCUAAACUGCUUACGUUGCAAUAACAAUAACAAAUAUGGCGGACAAGAUUUAGCCGAUAAACCUAAAUUUAAAGAACUUUUUUCGGUGACUAACAUACUGAGACUGAAGAAAAACCAAAGAAAAAAUGCAGUAAAGGUAAUGUACACGUAGAUAAAGAAGUAUUUUCUUGCCCAGUGAUUUUUUUGGCCGGGAAAAUGUUCACACAACAUCGACGAAUAUAUCGCGAAGAGCUACAAAUGUGUGUAUGGCUCGGUGUAUGGGAUAAAAACCAAACGUACUUGCAGGUUCGGUGAGUCCGGGAUUGGACGCACCUCAGGUGGCUGGAAGUUUCCCGAACUCACCUCGCUUCGCUCGGUAAGUUCGGGAAACUUCCAGCCACCCUCGGUGCGUCCAAUCCCGGACUCACCUCCCUGCAAGUACGUUUGUUAUAGAGUCGACUCGAGUCUCUAUUUUCAGCGACUCGAGUCCAAUACAAAAAAUGACUUGAGUCGAGUCGAGUCAACAGCCUCAAAUAACUCAGAAUCGGACUGGACUUGAUGAUUUUUGUGCUAAAUGACUCGAGUCAACACAGCUACAACUUGUACAAAUUAAAUUCAUCAAAAUUAUUGUGAUUGUAUUGCUUGGGAAAGACAAUGAGUCCUGUUAACAACAAGAACUUCGAAACUUCGAACAUAGUUUUUAAAAUGCAGUCUCAAAAUGUUGUGUACUCAUAGUAAUUUUUACCGUGUCUAUUCAUUUUUUGUAUUUAUGAAGUGCUAUAUAUCAUUUUAAACUAACUUACAAAGCGUGAUUAAUUAAACUCUAUUCUUAGUUAACUCUGACUCCAGUUGCAAGUUACGCUAGUUGUUUGUACCUACAUUUGAUCAGCAGGCAUGAUCAUGAUCAAACAUUGCAUGUAAUCGUACUUAAUAUUGACUAGGACUGUGAUAUUGGUACAGCCUAGCUGCCCAGAUACUGUUAUAUAAUGACUAGAAUAAUUAGUUUAAAACGUACAUUUGAUUACUAAUUUCAGACUGCAAGCUAGGCUGGUAAACCAUUACAGAAAUCGUGGGGUGGACUCGAUCAAAUUCCCUGACUCAAGUCAAAUUUAGCUAUUGACUCGACUCGACUUAAACUGACUCGACUCGAUCAGAAACUGAAAUGACUCAACGUGACUCGACACGACCGGCGUAACUCGACCGGUAGAUGAAACGUUACAACAUGGACUGUAUAUUAAUAGUUAUGCUGUCAAAGUGUGUUUGACUAAUCUAAUAUCCAUUCUUAUAGCCACCACGGUCGAGUUUUGCAGUGAUGUUUACAAAUCAAACAUACAAUGGUACAUGGAAUAACAGUGAUUGGAAAUAUUUUGGUGUGGAAUAUGAUGCAUUUCUGACACAAGUUGAGCUAGCACAGAAAAUAAUAUUAAUCGUUAUUGCCAUUCUCACAAUUCUGGGCAAUAUUUUGGUGUUGGUAGUGACCUGGAGAGAAAAAAGUCUUCAUCAACCUAAUAAGUAUUUUAUUGCCUUCCUGGCCGUUGCUGAUCUUUUGGUUGGUAUGUUUUUAGACCCACUGAAAGCCAAUGAACUCACUCGCGAGUCCAAAGCGCAACAUACCAUGUCCAUUCAUUUAUGUCGUUUUACUGUGUGGAUAGAUAACUUCGCGCUAACAGCAUCGAUUUGGAGUUUAGCGGUCAUUAGUUUUGAUCGUUAUCUCAAAAUCAGCAAACCUCUUCAGUAUAAGUCGAAAAUGACUACUUCUAAAUCAUUCAAAAUAAUUUUUAGCAUUUUGUUGGCUUCAAUUGCUUUUGCCACCUACGCCGCCACUCCUUAUUCAGGAAGCUAUGGAAUUCUCUUGGUGGGUAACAAUUUACAUACUUAUUGCCCAUCCGAUGAUAAUAAAGAAAAAGGGUUCUAUACUUUCUUAUCAGUCGCGUUCUUUCUAUCUACUGUGGUCAUAAUGGUUAUGUACGCUCUCAUCUUUGUUAUUGCUCACAAAAGACAAAAGAUGCUGCAAAACGGCGAACUGGGUCAAACUUGGAAUGAUCGGAACCAACGAAGUGUCUUUCUUCAAGAUCUCAAGGUUAUCCGAAUGUUGUUGGUCAUCGUGGGAGUGUACAUACUUUGCUGGUUUCCUUUCGUGAUUUAUAGUACGUUGGCGCGCUACAAUCGGAAAAUUAUUGAUCGGGACAGCACGUCAUUAAAUUAUUGGUAUUCGAUCAUCAUAUCACUAACGGUAGUUGGCCUGCUGCCGCUGUUUAACAGCCUCUGCAAUCCGAUAAUUUACGCCUGUUUGGACCGAAAAUACAGAGAAGCUUUCAAAAAUCUCUUUCAACGAAUAAUAUGUCGGUCAAACUCACAAAGUCGACAACCACAAAUCGGAAUAGAGUUACGUCCUCCAAGAACAAGAGAAAGAAACAUCUCAGUAAAUUGCGAAUUGUAG